AUGCACUUUACAGAUCUCCCUCCUGAAGUCUUGCUUUACAUCCUGACAUUCCUCGACCUCCCUGACCUGGAGGCACUUGCUAGAGCUUUCCCCGCCCUGGUGGACCUGACAACAGACCCUAUAUUACACAAGUAUCGACUCACAGUGGUGGCCCCGUCACGCAUCAGCCACCAACUGUUUGGCAAGAGUCCACAGGGGUAUUUUCUGCGACCCACCAUUGGCGACCUAGUCCACCGCGGCGUCAUACGGGGUCUCGGAAUAGAAAGGCGGUGGAGGACAGGAAACUACUUCUACUCCGUGAAUUCCAUCAAGCAGUACGAGAGCAGUCAGGCACUGUUCAGACGGCACGUUAGCCAUGUCCUGACUGUCCAACUACGCCGAAGAGUGGUAGAGUCUAGGACGACGUCGCUCCGUCACCUCCUAUCCUCCCAUGUGUUUCCUGACCUCGAGGCCUCGUCUGUACGGAUCGACCGGUCGCUGAUGCCCAUUGUUCGGCAACUCAAAUGGUCCUUCCAGCGAGACAAGCUCGCGCAAUCACUCAAGAAGAGUAUUUAUGGUAAAGGCGGGCUAUCGUCGUGGCUCGAAGGACCCGGGCGCAGCGUUCUCAAGGAUGAGAACGAGAAAGUGCGCCUGGCUAUAUGUCCCGACAUCCGCAGGCGGAUCGGGUUUUUCGAACAAUCUCGACAGUUGUGA